CGCGAAGCUCGACACGGAGAGCAGCGGUUCUGUUAUCAGCUUGCAGUUUUAUGCACAAUCCAAAUGUAAACAAUUCCCUUCGGCACGACCAACAAACCGAGCGCAGUGCACUUCGUUGAGUGCAUUCGGUCCGCUCGUCAGUCGAGGAUUAGCCCUCGCAACGAUCGGAUCGUGUUUCUGCCCGCAGGUUUCGAAGGUCGUACCCCGCAAGUGCAAGUCCCCGGCCCGGCUCAUCCAAAACACACUGCCGCCAUCAUCAUCAUCACCAUCAUCUCAGUGUAGUGCCAGUCGUUGCCGUGGUCAGUUCAGAGCAGUGGUGCAAGUGAAGUUCUUUGAAAAUCCAGAAUGUCGCAGCAACUCCCGGUCGAUCCGGCCAACCCCGGCAUCGAGAAGCUGCUGGACCUUGAUGGCUAUCUGCGGCUUCACGAGACGGAAAUCCGCCGGAGAAAUAAUGAGCUCAAGAACUGGAUUGCCCGCUUCGAGCAGAUGGAGGGUGGACUGGAGGAGUUCACCCAGGGAUACAAGUACUACGGGCUGCACAUCGGUGCGGACAACAGUGUUACAGCUCGCGAGUGGGCACCCGGAGCGAAGCAGCUGUACCUGACCGGGGAUUUCAACAACUGGCAAUGGGAGGCCACCCCGUACAAGCAGCUGCCCUACGGCAAGUGGGAACUGAAGAUUCCCCCGAACCAGGACGGUUCCUGCCCAAUCAAGCAUCUGUCUGAGAUCAAGGUGAUUGUGCGCAAGCAGGACGGCCAGCUGGUCGAUCGCCUCUCGCCGUGGGCCAAAUACGUGGUCCCGCCGCCAAAGUCGCUGGGCGUCAACUACCAGCAGCGCGUUUGGCACCCUCCGGCUCACGAGAAGUACAUGUUCCGCCACCGCAAGCCGGCACGGCCCCGCGCCAUGCGCAUCUACGAGUGCCACGUGGGCAUUGCGACGGAGGAGUUGGGCGUCGGUACGUACAAGAACUUUGCCGACAAUGUGCUGCCGCGGAUCAAGCACGUCGGGUACAACACGAUCCAGGUGAUGGCCAUUAUGGAGCACGCGUACUACGCCAGUUUUGGCUAUCAGAUUACGAGCUUCUACGCGGCGUCGAGCCGGUUCGGGACGCCGGAGGAGUUGAAGUACAUGGUGGACAAGGCGCACGAGCUGGGCAUGUUUGUGCUGCUGGAUGUGGUCCACUCGCAUGCCAGUAAGAACACGCAGGACGGUUUGAACCAGUUUGACGGGACGAAUGCCUGCUAUUUCCACGAUGGAUCGCGCGGAGAGCACUCGCUGUGGGACAGCCGCUUGUUCAACUAUUCAGAAUUUGAAGUUUUACGUUUUCUGCUGUCGAACCUGCGUUGGUGGCGUGACGAGUACGGCUUCGAUGGGUAUCGCUUCGACGGAGUUACGUCCAUGUUGUAUCAUUCGCGUGGUAUUGGCGAAGGUUUCUCCGGGGAUUACAACGAGUACUUUGGGCUGAACGUGGACACGGAGGCGUUGAUCUAUUUGGGCAUUGCAAACUUUUUCUUACACAAGUUGGAUCCGAACGUGGUUACCAUCGCAGAGGACGUUAGUGGCAUGCCAACGCUGUGUCGUCCCACGGCCGAGUGUGGCAUCGGAUUCGAUGCACGCUUGGGAAUGGCAAUCCCAGAUAAGUGGAUUGAACUGCUGAAGGGUACGUCGGACGAGGCGUGGAACAUCGGAAAUCUUGUGCAUACGCUGACGAAUCGCCGGUACAAGGAAACUACGGUCGCUUACGCCGAGUCCCACGAUCAGGCCCUGGUGGGUGAUAAAACGAUCGCCUUCUGGCUGAUGGACAAGGAGAUGUACACCCACAUGUCGAUAAUGUCUGACGCGAACUUGAUCAUCGAUCGUGGCUUGUCACUGCACAAGAUGAUUCGUCUGAUUACGCACAGUUUGGGCGGCGAAGCGUACUUGAACUUUAUGGGCAACGAGUUUGGCCAUCCGGAGUGGCUGGACUUUCCGCGUAUCGGCAACAACGAAUCAUUCCACUACGCCCGCCGUCAGUGGCACUUGAUCGAUGAUCAAAAUCUCAAGUAUCGCUUCUUGAACGAGUUUGAUCGUGUCAUGAACAUGACCGAGGAGCAGCACCACUGGCUGAACUGCAACCCGGCGUACGUAAGCUGCAAGCACGAGGACGACAAAACGAUCGCGGCCGAGCGGAACAAUCUGCUGUUCGUGUUCAACUUCCACUGCAACAAGAGCUUCACCGAUUACCGCAUCGGGGUGGAACGGCCCGGCAAGUACAAGGUGAUUCUGAGCACCGACGACAAGGAGUUUGGUGGGUUCGACCGGAUCGACAAAAACGUAGAGCAUCUUACAUUCCCGGAGGGCUGGAACGGUCGCCGGAACUCUAUGCACGUGUAUAUUCCGUCGCGUGUUGCCAUCGUGCUAGCCCCGGUGGAUUAGAAUAUGGGGAAAAGGGCUGGUUGUAACGAUUGGUGGGUGAUACGAACAUUCGGCGAACUGGAGAUUAUUGUUGUUAAUCAUUAUACUAUUUUUUGUUGCAUGUUUUUGAGUAUAUUUAGGUCUAUACUUGAAUAAAUAAAGCUAUUGUUGCCAUAUAGGGUAAACUUUG